UGUACUUCCUGCUUGUGAAAGAUUCACUUAAUAUGAAAACACACGGAAGUUUUGUAUUAAAUCCAGUUAAAGUCAGUGCAAAUAAGAUCUGGACAAUGGAAUUUGUGAAUUUUGUAUUAUUUUCGACUAUCCUUAUAAGUUUUGGAUUGUGUGUAACAUGUAAAGCCAAUACCUGCCAGAAUACAACAACUUUAGAGUGCCCGAAGAUAGAGCGAGAACAAAGGCAAAUGAUGAAGGACAUUCCAGCCACAUGUUAUAAAUCAACAAAAACGUGCUGGUUUUUGAACUUUUUGGGAAUAAAUUGCAAAUAUAAGCAAAGAUCUUAUGGAUGUUCGAAGAAAGUUUCUUAUUUUGAAACAAUCACAGUAACGAUGCGUGGCUGCUGUCCCGGAUACUAUCAAGAGUCUGCAGAUUGCUGCGUUCAAGAACAAUGUAAGCGUGGGUAUUGGGGACAAAACUGUACAAAUAAUUGUUCCUGUGAAGAGGUCGGGUACGAAAGAUGCGACAUAAAUGGGACAUGUCUGUGUAAAGCCGGAUGGAUUGGAUCAAGAUGUUCUACAGAAUGUGUGUCUGGUACGUAUGGAAUGGACUGUCAAUGGAAUUGUUCUUGUGACAAUGGCGCCGCCUGUAAUCACGUGACCGGGGAAUGUAACUGUACGUCUGUUGUAGGCUGGACGGGAGAGAGAUGUGAAGUAGAGUGCCCACGAGGAUCUUUUGGCAAUAACUGCAGUGGUGUAUGUAACUGUGAAUAUGAAAAUCAGGAGUGUAGCAAGACAACAGGAGAAUGCAGAUGUCCUCCCGGAAAAUCAGGAAGGGAUUGUAGCCUCAAUUGCAGCACGGAAUCGUUUACCUUUGGGACAAAUUGUUCAGAAUCAUGUCGAUGUAUUCAACAGAAUUCUGUAACCUGUAACCCAGUCACUGGUAGUUGUAAUUGUAAACCAGGGUGGACGGGAGACCAGUGUGAAAAAAGGUGUCAUACUUCUAAGUAUGGUGAAGGAUGCUUGAAAAAUUGCAAGUGCAGUGACACGGAAAUCUGCGAUUCGGUGAAUGGAACCUGUCUACUUGCAGAUAUUUGCUUUGCUGAUUAUACAAGCAAUUGCAUCCCACUUAAAAAUGUAAGCUGCUCUCAAUUAAAAGAAGACUGCAGCAAGCUAACCGUCAAUUACAGCAGUAACACUUUAAUAAAGACUCUCUCAGAUAUUUGCUGCACGAAAAAAAGGUUCCAGACCCUUUGCAUUUCAACAGGCAAAUGCAAAUGUCUCAGGGGCUACUCAGGAAACAGCUGUCAAGAAAUUUUGUCAAUGGACACAAAACAGGUAGCUGACCGACUUAAGUCUGGAGUAUCAUCAUCAGUGGUUGUCACAGUUACUGUUAUCUCGGUUCUGGUAUUAACAGCUGUAGUCGUGAUUGCUGUGUUAUGGCGUAGGAAAGGCGGCAUCAAUACAAAAAAGAAAGACAACAAGAGUGCCCACAAUCAAGUUUAUGGAAAACCUGUAUUGGACAAUGUCACAGGCCAAGGGUCAGAUCAAAGACCACAAGAGGAAAGCCAGUUAGAAAUGAAUAUUCUAAAUCAAGACGAUGUCAACAAUUACGGAUACGACGUUUCUGCGAGGGAUUCCAGAAAUAAGGAAAACGAAAUCUAUUCUAAAAAUCUUGGAGAUAUGUAUGAUCAUCUAGAGAGAAAUAGUUCCAAUGGCCCAAACAACAUAGACGAAACAUAUUCGCACGCCCAACAAAAUAGUUCCAAUGGCCCAAACAACAUAGACGAAACAUAUUCUCACGCCCAACAAAAUAGUUCCAAUGACCCAAACAACAUAGACGAAACAUAUUCUCACGCCCAACAAAAUAGUUCCAACGGCGCAAACAGCAGAGACAAGACAUAUUCUCAUGCUAUGCCGGCGCUUGUAGACGAUAACGAAUAUGAUACAGCCGGAGUACAUCAUGUACCUUCAGAUUGUGUUUAUGAUCAUACUAACAAUCAAGAUCAAAUAUACAGCAACCAGAUAACAGAGAACAAGAGCUGAAGAUAGAUAUAAUUAUGUUAAAAUAAAUGGACAUUCCCAUUGAAAUAUUUUUUUUUGAUUUUGGAACUAUUUAAUAGAAGGAAGCUUUGAAAUAAAUAUUUAUUUGAACAAACAACUAAUGGUUCACUACUGAACUUGAAUCUUUGACUUAGGUUCAUCACCUCAUUUGAAUUUAUACCUAUUAAAAUGAGGAAAAAAAGAAAUGAUAUUGUACAAGGUUUACAGAUUUGCCUUUUUCUGAGUAAACAUUCGUUAAAUCCA